UUCCACACACUUCCGUGUGCCUCUCGACACUGCCCCCCGAUUAACCACACACACCUACACUGCACGCGGGGGACGCGCAGGGCCAGGAGGCAGCCCGGGCAGGGAAGCUCUCGCACCCGGAAGGCAGCUCUGCCAUCUCUUCUUGACAUCACAGGCUGCCGGCACAGCGUCAGGGCACUGGGCUCUGGGCACCUUGCCCUGCAGGAAAGAAACUCACUUCAGAUCUUCAGCGCGGCGCGUGCACACCGCUCAUCGCACCAGACUCGCUGAUCUCCCACACCGUCUAGAACAGAAAACCCUCCUGGCCCACGGAACUGAAGGGACCCUUUCUCGACACCGCUCGUCUGCACCACGGCAUUAUUGGUGAUUUUCACUUGAGCUUGGCUCUGGCCGAUCUCAAAGCUGAGACGACGACCAGCCGGGCCGCUGGCAGCCAGGGAGCAGAUGCAGGGGGCCAGGCCUGCUGGAAAUCCCGUGCGAUGAGGGCGGAGGCAGACGGUCCUGAGCUUGAAGACAGACCGAGCACACAACAGGGGCUCUCGGGGGCUGAAGGUGGACAGGGACAGCGAUGGGCUGCUGCAGCUUCACCGCGCGCCACACUGGGACGGACACCGUAGGACCUGACGAAAUCGAGCUGCUGGAACCUGGAGUGUGGAGUCUGGCGGAGACCAGAGAGCCCAUCUCAGAGAGUGUGCGUGCAGAGCCCCACUGCUGCCCACCGGUCUUGCUCUGGGGCCGCACCAGGGAGGACCUGCACUGCAAGAUCUACACUGAGCCCAUUGUCGCCUGGGAAGGUCCGGCUGUCCACUCUUACGGAGAGAUCGCCUGGUCCUCCAGGGUGCAGCUCUUCAACCACUACACGCAGCAGGAGAGGGAUGAGAGAUACCUUGUGCUGUUUUCUUUCCAUUUGCUGAUACUGCAACUGGACCACCCCAAGCAGGCGUUCAUCUACCAGGGAGUCCUCCCUCUCUCUGGAAUGUCCGUACGGGAGAUCAGACAGGACAACGAUGUCUCCAACAUGUUUGAAAUUCAUGGGCCAAUGGUGGAUUCAAAGAUAGUCAUCUGUGCCAACCACACAGAGCUGAAAAACUGGAUCGAGCACAUUGAAGAGAGCAUGCAGAAGGUCCUCAACCAGCAGCUGAGUCCCUUCCAGAGUGUGCUCUCCUGCCUGGUGCCAUGUGACGAGAAGUGGAAGAGGGAGGAACUGAAGAGGUACCUGUUGCGAGCUCCCAUCUGGCAGUGGGAGGGCACGCCCAUACAGCACCUGGGACAAAUUGGCUACCUGUCUGUGGUCUACGUCACCAAUGCCCAGAGAGAGGGCUCUCAGGAGCGCAUCCUGGUGCUGUUCCCUCAGGACCUCCUGCUGCUCUCCAUCGACAGCCAGAGAGUCCACGUCAAGUAUGAGGGCCGGCUCCCGCUCAAGAGCAUCAGGGCCCUGGAGAAGUCCGCGCUGCUGGGGAGGCUGGAGUUCGAGAUCAGCGGAGACAUGAUGGAGCCCCUGUUAGUGUCUUGCUCGUCUCCUGAGGACUAUCAGAACUGGAUCUUUCGGCUGCAGCAGCCUGAGACGAUAGUCAGCACCAUCUCCAAGCAGCCGCCGCCCCUCAUCCCCAAGAAGAGACGGAGCUGAGGAGGAGCUGGGGCCUCAGGCUCUGGAGCUGAGUGGAGCUGGAGCCCGCGGACCCCGUCUGCAUCUUCCAACGGACUCCAGAACCGAACCCCCCACGCCCCCACACCCGGGACUGUUCCACGCUCCUUCCUGAGGAGGGCGAUAGCGUGGUUCCAGCCAGUAGCAGCCUCCCUGAUUGGCUGCCUCAGUGCUCAGCUCUGGUCCCGGGAGAGCAGAGCCAUGCUCCCUGAGCUGCCUGGCCCUGCGGCGGACUGCACGGAUCGGUACUGUUGCGUACCAGAGUAAUAUAUUUUUACCCUUCCUUUCACUUCAGGCCAGGCCUGACACGGGUGUCUGUGGUGAAAGGUGGCCGUUAUUGCUUCAGAGCUGGGGGUCAGGGUUGGGGGGCAGUCAGAGGAUCCCACCGGAGAGUCUUCAGAUGGCUGGGACAGGAAUCUUGGGUCCUCGUUGCCUGAGGCGUGUGGUUUCAUUCACUGCUCGUGCUUUUCAAAGCUCUAUGGCUGCUGGAGAGUCAUACACACGUCACAGUUUGAUUUCCAGCCAAGCCAUUGCAAUCUUCACUUCCUGUAGGUUAAGGUAGAUGUUGGUGUGUUUUUUCACAGCGGGGUUUCAUUUUGCCUCAGUGUGUUAAGGGUGUUUGUAUGAGUCGGGAACACAGCUCUUGGGCUCCAGAGCUGGCCAGAAGUGGAGCCCAGUUCCUCGGGGUCACUGCUAGUUAAUGGGGCUCACGGUGCUGUUUGGCUCAGAAAGCAGGUGCAACUCCAAAUACCAGGCGUCUCUGGGCUGCCAAUAGCCCACUAGUAAUCGUAUGUGCAGCAGGAGUUCUAGUGUCAGUGACGCACACAGGUGUUUUAAGAAACCUGCCUGAUAUGCAGAGCAAUGAUGCUGAAGGGUUUCCAAGCUGCCCUUCUGUUUUGUGUGGGUAAAAACAGCACAUGGAACCGGCUCCUGUCCGAAGCCAGACUGAGCCGUGUGCACACACACUGGGCUGAGGAGCAGGCUGAGAGUCACCUGGCGGUACGGCCCCCACCCUCCGCAGGUCACGCGGCGGCGAUUUUCCACACAGGCUGGACACGUGUGCCGCACCGGCAGCACACAGUGAAUCCCCUUGCGGGGCCAGCGCUGUGAGGGCAGAGGUGUGAAGUCUUGAUGACACGUGUGUGACUUUCAGUUUGCACAACACCGAGCUCUGAUGCUUCCACUGCUGAAAGGGGAAUGCCUACAAGAGGUGUGAAGAUUUUUUCUACACCUGUUUUUUUCUAUUUAAGUGGAAGUCGGACACCACUUCCUGCAAAUACUGCGCAGAUAACUUGUGUUGUUCCAGCACGCCGCUGUCCUCGGGAGCCUUGGUCCAGUUUGUCUUGUAGCUCAUCCUGAAUCACUUGUUUUUAAGCAAGCAGCCUGUUCCUGUUCCUGGGCCUCCGUGAUGGAAGGGCCUUCAGAAUUUGUUUCCCAAUAAUUGCCAAAUUGGUUAAUUAAGAAGCUGCUGCAGAAACUGCCCCAGAUCUUUAGAGUUUGCAGAUGUAAACGCAGAUGGGUGCCUAUAAAAACCUGCUGGACAAGUGCUCUCCGGGACCAGGGCUGCAGACCCUACAGAGGGCCGGCCAGUGAGUGACGGAGCCCUGGGCUGUGUCCCGGGUUCGAGCCUCAGCAGAUGCUGUGUUCAUCCUGUACCCCUGUGCUUCCUCUCUCUCUGGGUGUGAGCUGCAUAGCAAUAAACGUAUAGCAGUAGUACCACUG